CCUGAAUUGAGUGUGCGACGUUUUCAGUACAUUUUAAGAUGGCGACGGUGCAUCUGAGAAUCGGGGAUCUAGUGUGGGGGAAGCUGGGACGCUAUCCGCCCUGGCCUGGAAAGGUUGUCAGUCCACCAAAGGACUUGAAAAAGCCAAGAGGCAAAAAAUGCUUCUUUGUCAAGUUUUUUGGAACUGAAGACCAUGCCUGGAUAAAGGUUGAACAGUUGAAGCCCUACCAUCCCCACAAAGAGGAGAUGCUGAAGUCGAACAAGGGAAAGCGCUUUCAACAGGCUGUCGACGCCGUAGAGGAGUUUUUAAAGAAGGGCAAAGGGAAAGAGCAGGGUUCACACAGCAGCUCGGACGACAAGAAGUCUUCAGACUCGAAAGGCAGGAAGGCGCCUGCGAAGCCAAUGAAAAUCAUCGAGGAGGAUGACGAGGAUCUGUUCAAGGGAGGCUCGUCCGACAAAGAGUUAACAGACUCUGAUCCAGAGCCUUCGUCCGUCCAGCGUCUGGUUGCAGGAACGGUCUCAGGAUUCAAAUGGGAGAGCAGUCGAGUAAAGGACGACCCACAUUUUCACCAUUUUCUGCUCAGCCAGUCUGAGAAGCCUGCUUCGUCAAUGGAGCCCAUUAGCAAACGUCUGAAGGUCGUCGAGGAGGAUACACGGUCCACGUCCAUCCAGGCGGCCGACAGUACGGCUCUCAACGGCAGCAUCACACCCACAGAUAAAAGAAUAGGUUUCCUUGGCCUGGGGCUGAUGGGUAGUGGUGUGGUGUCGAACCUCUUAAAGAUGGGACAUGUCGUCACCGUCUGGAAUCGCACAGCGGAGAAGUGUGACCUGUUUAUCCAGGAGGGUGCUCGGUUAGGGAGGACGCCAGCGGAGGUCGUGUCCAUGUGUGACAUCACGUUCUCCUGCGUCUCGGACCCAAAAGCAGCCAGAGAUUUGGUUUUGGGGCCUAGUGGUGUACUACAGGGAAUCAGACCUGGCAAGUGCUAUGUGGAGAUGUCCACCAUAGAUCCAGAGACGGUAGCAGAGCUCUCACAGGUGAUCACGUCCAGAGGCGGCCGCUUCCUUGAGGCGCCGGUGUCGGGUAGUCAGCAGCUGUCCAACGAGGGCAUGCUGGUCAUCCUGGCGGCGGGGGACCGCUCCGUCUACGAGGACUGCAGCAGCUGCUUCCAGGCCAUGGGCAAGACCUCCUUCUUCCUCGGUGAGGCGGGCCACGCUGCGCGGAUGAUGCUCAUCCUCAACAUGGUCCAGGGCAGUUUCAUGGCCACCAUAGCGGAGGGGCUGACCCUCGCCCAGGCCACCGGCCAAUCGCAGCAGACCUUCCUGGACAUCCUCUGCCAAGGACAGAUGGCCAGCGCCUUCCUGGACCAGAAAUGCCAAAAUAUCCUCCAAGGCAACUUCAAGCCUGACUAUUACCUUAAACACAUUCAGAAGGACCUGCGGCUAGCCAUCUCCAUGGGAGACUCCGUCAAUCACCCCACCCCAAUGGCAGCGGCAGCCAAUGAGGUAUAUAAGCGUGCGAAGGCACUGGACCAGUCAGACAACGACAUGUCAGCUGUCUACAGAGCCUACAUCCACUAGACCUCGACACAAGAUCAGCAUUUUUGGACCAUUUUUUCCCCUCUUUUUUCCUUUUUAUUUUUUGGAACGUCUCCCAUUUUACCUCUCCUUUCCCUUCCCUGGUCUGUUGGAUUUUUAAAGGUUCUCCUUUGACAUUUGGUUGUGACUUUGCCAGGCACCAGAUCAUAUUUUUCUUCCCAUGUGGCUAUGGGAGCUCAAUAGCAGGCUACUGUGAGCGUUGCACUGACUUUGACAUUGCUGCCCCUGAAAGCUUUUUGCCAGGGUGAUUCAUUUUUUUAAUUUUCUUUUUUUUUCUCUCAUUUGUGAUGGAAAGAAACAAGUUGACGAGUUGUAAUUUUUAUUUCAUUUUGUUUUUCUUUAUUUUUUUGGGCUGAACCACACUGCAUCUAUUUGUUUUGUUUUUUUAAUUAUUUAUCAAUGGUAGCAUCACAAAUUUAAAUAUCUAUAUUUAAUACCAAGUAUGUUGUUUGCAACGAAUGUUCCAUAGAUUAUUAAGGCUUUUUUUUAAACCAUUUAUUACUUUGUUCAUGGCUGGAAAAGUAAAAGCACCAAGUAAAUACCUGUGCAUUGCCUUAAAAAUCAGAGCCCAAUAAUAAUAGAUAUAUUUAUUUAUUUUAAUGCUGAGGAUUCAAAUAGUUUUAUUUGGUGCAUUUUGCCCAACAAAUGUUUCUGCAUCACUGUUUUGAAAAAGGAAAAGUGGUGGACGGCUGUAGGAAGAGAGAUUCCAAUGCCUUAUCACAAAAUGAUAUUCUUUACGAUGCAGUGACGCACACAAAUGUGAGUGAGUUUAUUAGUGUAAAAUAAAAUAAAGUGCAAAAGCCUUCCUGUAUGGAGGCUGUAAAGGUGGAAUAAAACUCUUAUUUCAUAAGUAGUGAGUGAGGUUGUAGUGCAGCAGAGCAUCAAGGGUGACAAAUGGACAACAUGCAUGAUUAUCUAAAUCAAGCAUGCAGGUGUUUUGGGUUGGACAGAUGGAUUUUAUUCCCUAGUCAGUGGUCAGUGGAUAUUUUCCCUUUUAGAGACAAACAUGCAUCAAUGAAUGCAUACUUCUGCCUUAAUCUUUUGGCGUAGUUUCUUUUUCCCCUUUUCAGUUUGGUGGGUGGGCUUUGGGUACCGUGCAGUGGAAGGGUGUAGGGUUGGGUUAUUUAAAUGCGAAUAUCAUAAAACUUGGAAUUCAUAUUUGUCAGGGCAAGUACUGUGACGUUUUAUGUUUUAUCUGAAUCCACAUCUAGCAUAUUAAAAUAUUUGAUUUUAAUGCAAGCUUCGUUUUUAUGUCUGAAGACGACCAUGUUGGAGGAGAAUUUGGUUGUUAAAAUGACCUUAAUCAGAGAUAUUUGUGUUGCCAAGAUGAAUGUGACUGAGGAUGCUGAGUGUUUUUUUUCUCUUCUUGCUUUUGUUUUAUUUGAAUGAUGAGCAGCGAGGAAAAUGUGUACAUAGCCCCCAUUGACAUGGUUUAAUUAUUUAACAAAUGUGCAAGGGUUUUUAUGAACCUUUGUUUGGACUCCACUGAGAUUAUUAAUCAGCCGCUAUGUAUUGUAGUUUGUUUUCUUGUGUUAGAGGUCAAAACCCUGUAAAUGGUUAAUUAAGAUGUGCUUACAGACUUGCUAUUGACAUGUACAAAAAGAAAUCAAGAUUUCAUCUUUCACAACUUGUGUAACAGAUAAUGCUGUUCUAAUCUGAUAUUUAUAAUUUGAUGUAAAUGUGAAAAUGUUCUCUUUUUUGUGAAGUUCAAUGACUUCUCAUCUGAUUAAACAAAACAGUGAUAAACAA